GUAGUAACGCAGAUGUGGUUGGGCUGACGGACUCUAGCUUUGCCUUUGUUGGCUGUGUCUUGGUUCCCUGUGUCUGUCACUGUGCCUGAGACUGGGCUGUCUGUUCUGAUCUGGACACUUGAAACUGAUAUCGGAUAAUUAUCAAUGAAUGUGAAUGACGCACCUGUGCGUGGGUUUCCCUACAGCCAAUGGUUGGGCGCCAGUCCAGCUCUCCCUGUAUGAAAGGAGCCGGAAACUGGUUUGUGUUUGAAAUGAGCGGCCACCUGUUCGUACAAACACACACACAAACACAAAACUGUACUUUGUCUCUCUGCCUGCCCCGUGUUUGCUGUUGCUUCCAACUCGUGCUCCGCACUCAUGGAUUGCGGAAAGCCCUUAGUUAAAGGGGGCAAGGCCGAGGGGCUGAGUGGCGGCACGACUUCGGUCAAGAUGCCCAUGCCCGGUGCGGCUGUGGCCGGCGGUUGGGUGAAUGGGCACUCGGAGCGGCCGGAAUGGCAGCGGGGAGCGGCGGCUCAGUGGCAGGAGGAGCGGACCCGCAGCAUCGAAGACAACCAGCUGAGCCUGCCGAGUCUGGAAGCCGCCUACUCCUCGAUCCUGAAGGGACUUGGCGAGGACCCGGAGCGACAGGGUCUCCUGAAGACACCAUGGAGAGCUGCCACUGCCAUGCAGUUCUUUACUAAAGGUUACCAGGAAAAGAUUUCAGAUAUUUUAAAUGAUGCCAUUUUUGAUGAAGACCAUGAUGAGAUGGUGAUAGUUAAGGAUAUUGACAUGUUUUCCAUGUGUGAACACCACUUAGUUCCAUUUAUUGGAAAGGUACAUAUAGGUUAUCUACCUGAAAAACGACUCCUUGGUCUCAGCAAGCUAGCCAGAAUUGUUGAAAUUUACAGUAGGAGGCUUCAAGUACAAGAGCGUCUCACCAAACAAAUUGCUAAAGCAAUCACAGAAGCGUUACAACCUGCAGGCGUGGGAGUCGUGAUUGAAGCCACACACAUGUGCAUGGUGAUGAGGGGAGUGCAAAAGAUGAACAGUAAAACUGUAACCAGCACGAUGUUGGGUGUUUUCCGGGAAGACCCAAAGACCCGAGAGGAGUUUCUAACUCUGAUUAAGAACUGAAAAUUGAGCACUGGAUGGAACAGGCUGCUUUUAAACGUUCAAUAUGUGCUGCACUUGUUGUUCCUCGUUUGUAUUUGUUAAAUGUGUAGAUGUAGGAUUCGGACUGACACAAAUACGAACCUGUUAACAGUAAAGGUUAAUGUACCUUGGGUUAUGUCAACAUACUGUAACAAAGUCACAGCUCUUAGUGUUUAAUAUCUGAUUGUCAUAGAAUUCUCAGAUAAGAUGCAUGGUAGUUUCAUAGAUUUAAAUGUCUGGUGACCAAUGGCUUAGUAUGUAAUGCAACUUUGCAGAGUCUACUCAAAAUAUUUAUACAAACGUACAUGCUUUUUUUUUGCUUUUAGUUAAAAACUAAGAAAUAUCACAAAUAAUACUGAAAUGUUUUAUCCAUUCCACUUGUAGGUGCUCUCCUCGUUGCACAAUUAAAUAAUUUUAAGAUUUGUUUAUUUUUCUAACCAGCAUCAAACAGUUCUUCUGAAGACUUGGAGUAAAUGUCAUGGUGGUAGAAUUUAUAGUGGUGUCUAAAAAAGAUGGCAGAGUUCUUCCCUGCAUGACAGUUACAUGUAUAGAGCUUGUGAGUUUUUUUGUAUAGAAUUCUGACUUCAUUCCAUUGACAAAUUAGGUUCAACAGAAUGAGCUAAAUCUUUUCAAUAUUAUUGUUUGCUCCAGAGUUGAGAACUGUUGUGGUUGUGCAAACACUGUCUACAUAUGAGGCAAAAGGAAAAGGAAGGUCAGUUUGGCCACCAUACUUUAUAUAUCAGGAGUUAGGGUAGCUAAUGUGUUCUUAAUGUUUCUGUUUCUACUGUUUGAUCUAGAAGGUAAUUCCAUGCAUUGGUAACCAUGGCCCUUGUGUCUCCUUUAUGCCUUUGUGGCUGGAAUAGGAUAUUAGUGCUCAAGAUGUGGUCUGACUACGGGUUGAAUAUGCUUUCUCUAACUUUCAUAUUAUACUGUUUGAUGACAGUGUUAUAUUAACUUUGCCUAGGAAUUAACCUGGAAAAGGUUUAACCAAUUUGCAAUCAUUUGUACAAUCAACAGUUGUCAUAAUCCUGUGUCUGCCUCAUUCACACAUUUUUAAUUCAAUCUUUCAGAUAUGUUACGGUUGGACUUUAUCUCUGGUUCAGAAAGCCUGAGUUCAUGACACUAUCAUUGCAUGCAAGAGUGCCCCACAGCCCAUUCACACACCCACUAAUUACCUAACUCAUUGUUAAAUAGGAACAUGAUCCCUAAUUAAUUUCAUAGGCUCCCAAUCUUGUUAAAAGCAGGCAAUUAUUUUCCUACACUUAGACAAGAUUAUAUUAGAUCUCUCAACCACUGGCAGCAGUCUACCCUGUCCAUUCGUUAUUAUAGAUACCACUAUCAAUUCACCUCAUUUUGGUGUAAUGAACAGGCAUCAAAGUUUUCAGGUUUUCCUGGAUCGUUUUUUUAGUUCCUCAUUCUAGGUUGCAUUUUCUAAAGAGCAUCACUCUUCCUGGAGUAUGAAGUUCUAAAUUGUAUACAGGAUUGAAGCUGUGGUUUUACUAAGCGCUUAUCUAGACACUGCAUCUUAAUUUUUAUAUUUACAUUUUACUCUAAAACCUCAAAAUCUACAUACUUGUCCUUCAUGUUGAAAUUAUCCACGUGAAGUCGUUCUUUUAAUAUGAACAAAAUACCUUCUGCUCUUGCACAUCUAACCUUUUUGCUGCUCAAAUUAGAAUGGUUACUUUUAUUUAACCAAGGGUGCCACUUCAUUUGCAGACAUUAAAUUUGCCAUGUCUUACACAUCCUAUCUCAUCAAUAUUGCCUUUCAACUUUCUUUCAUUAUCAUUAUUUACUCAGUCUAUUUUAGUACUAUCUAUAAAUUUCUCCCAACAUUUUUAUUCAAGCCUUAUAUUGUAAUCAUUGAUUGCCUCUCUGUAGUGCAUGGACCACUUAGAUAGCAGGAUUACUAAAACUAUCAGUCUUCCAUUUUCACCUUCUAAUUUGUCUAUAUGAUUCACAGAUGAUUCAGCAUUAGUCCAAUUAGUCUACCACUGUCCUAUCCUCUCAAGCUACAGAAGAAGUUGGGCUCCUUCAAUUCCACUGCCCUAAUUUCAUCAUGUUCGCAAAUUUAAUGAAUUUGAAUUGAACAUCUCUUUCAAUCUUAUGGAGGACAAAUACUUCUUAAGCUGGUAAAGUAGAAAUGUGCAUUUUCACCAUUAGUCAGAUUUGUAAUGAAUCAUAGAAUCACAUUCCCAGUUAGAAAAAGACAAAAGGUUUGGAGAAAGCGCACAGAAAUAAGACUAAAAAAGUUACUGUGGGUUGGCACAGAUAUGGGCUGAACAGCCUCUUCUACGCUGUAAAAAUUCCACUUCUAGUUUUAGCAUUUGUAAUGAGUGUUUUUGUUUUUGUUUUGCUGUGGAUUUGUUCUUAUUUAAAUAAAUUUAGACUAAGGACAGGCCUAAAUGCCUUUCGAUACUAUUCGAAAUAAAAGGCACAGGAAUUGAUACUUUUACAAACCGCUUCACUUUUAGUUGUUUACUAUACAGCUUUACCAUUGAUGAAAAACGACACUUUGUUGAAGCUUUUCAUUGUGCACUCAGAAGAACCAUUUGCAAAACAUACCAGAGUGAAAGGGACAUUUAUAUUGUAUGGGAGAGUACUAUCAGGCUUGCAGUGUGGCACAUUUGCAUGUACUGAAGCUACAUGCAUUAACAGACAGGGUUUUAUUCUACGCAGACAGAAAGAAUGUGUACGCGCUCUGCUCCAGUCCCAAUUCAGGAAAAUAGGUGACAGCCCAAUGCAUGUUUUCUUAAAAGUAUACUAAGUGAUGAUAAUUCUUUAUUUAAAACUUAAUGAUGUUUUCAUAUUGCAAUUGACAUACAUUCAAGAAAUCCGCAAUACUUGUGAAUACUAUUGCUUUGCUCAGAAUGCUAAUGUGCAACUUUUAGUAAGGAAUACCCAAUGUUACUAAUUGAUCAAUAUAGCUAAAUCAGUAGUUUACUUCUCAGGGCAAUGCCACUACCAAUCAGUGUCCAACAUUAAAAUUUAAACAUGCUUGGUAGUUAAUUAUUAUUGUUAACUGGUGUAUUCUCCAUUGCAAUGCCACUAACUGAGUUCACUUGCCAACUAAUCGCUAUUUUCUUCUCCUACAGUAUACUUUUUGUUUCCUUCAACAUUUCUUUUGAAAUGUCCUGAUGACUGCAAGAUGAAAAGCUAUGACAAAUGUGUCUUUUUAGUAGGACCUAAAGUGCCACUUUGUAACCAACACAAGAUACUUGCUGUCACCUUUGGGUAGAAUUAGAUGGUUUAAGUAGAUCUCAUCAUUGAUUUAUAACUAUAUUGCAAAUAUUUGAAAUGUCUGUAUACUCAUGAGAAGAGCAAAAGAAGAACUGGAAGAAACAGUAUGAAGCUUUCUCUACAAUGUUAGCUAAUUAUAAAUCUAAGACAUAAUUCGUUAUCAGGAUCUUUCAUGCCUCAAGUGCCAGCCCAGAGUGGAAGCACGAGUUCUCUCCCAUAAAUCCAUCCAGAUGGUUCUUAGAUGAGUAUGAAGAAAAUAAUUAAACCAUAGGUUGAAAGGUUAGAGUUUAUUUACAUAAGUCAGGAAAUGCUGAGAAGAGCCUGGAAACAAAUACACCGAGGAUUUUCCCCUUUUUUUAAUUUAUGGCAAAUCUUGACCAUCUUGAUGCUAAGAGGGGAUUUAAUAGACACAUACAAGAUGAUCAGAGGAUUAGAUAGGGUGGACAGUGAGAGUCUUUUUCUGAGGAUGAUGACUUCAGCUUGUACAAGGCAUCAUAGCUACAGAUCGAGGGGUGAUAGAUUUAAGACAGAUGUCAGAGGCAGGUUCUUUACUCGGAGAGUGGUAAGGGCGUGGAACGCCCUGCCUGCCAAUGUAGUUAACUCAGCCACAUUAGGGGCAUUUAAACAGUCCUUGGAUAAGCAUAUGGAUGAUGAUGGGAUAGUGUAGGGGGAGGGGCUUAGAUUAGUUCACAGGUUGUUCUGCGCUGUAUUGUUCAUGUAACAGCUGAAAUUGUCAAACCUUGUGCAGAUACUAGUUCACCUUGUAGCAGGGUAAUCAAGUGAAAUAUGUUAUUAUCAGUGUUUUAAUGUGUAAUAUUUGCUGCUGCUGCAACCACAAGUACUACACACACUGCACCUGCAGUGGCAGCACCUGUCAUGUUGUCAGUAGCUGCCUACAACAAACAAUAUUGUUUUGCAUGACCAUUGAUGCCACAUUGCCAAGCCCUCACUGCUUUGCUCACUUCCCUGCUCAUCUCCAACUUACUGCACCCUCUUCCUCAGCCACCACUUUGCACACGAAACAGAAAGUGAGGUGGCGAGCUGGUCAGUGAGCAGGGUGAUGUAUAAAUCGGUGAAAAAUGCAGUGAGCUGGCAAAUGUACAGAGUAGCAUGUGAGAGGCAACAACAACAGGCGCACAAUGAUUUUACUGGCACAAAAUUACGUCUCUACCAUUUAUAGAAAUCCAUGUUAUAUAUUAACAUUCGGACAAAAGGAUUUCCUGGUCUGAUGAAUCAGAAUACAUAUUAAAGAUUUAAUCAUUCUUUAGAAAUAAUUUUCCUACAAUAUUUCUUAAUUCCAUUAUUUUCCUCAUUUUGUUAUUUUCAAAAUAUUCUGGGAGUGCAAUACAAUGUUUAUUAGAUGAAGUUUGUUUUUUUUAUAAAGAAAGUACUAACGUUGCUUUUUUUGUUUACUUCUGAUUAAUUGCUCUGGUUUGUUCAAUUUAAAGAUGAAAAUGUCAAUUGAAGAUGAAAUAAUUUUUGGUAACCCAUUGCAAUCAAGAAAAACUAAAGUGGUUUAAUAGGUAUCUGCUAUUGCAUUGUUCACCAAGCUACUGAUUCCUCAUCUGUCUUAGAAAGUGUACAAUUUAUUGGAAAAAAUUGAUUUGUUAUUUUUUAAUGGUAAUUAAAUGUAGGAUUUAGUCUAAUCGAAGGGUUAAUCAGACAUUCUACUUUAACAAACUUUGUUUCGGUUUUUUUUGUUGAUUUAACUUUGCGUACAGGCAUCAACCACUGGAGCAGUCCAAAUUCUUGGCAAGUGAUAAGGUUCAGAGUGACAGGUUAAGCACUACACAGAUAUUGUAAGAUUAGUUCUUGAUAAACCCCACCUGAAUGCCACAAAAACUUGUGACAGUGUGCCAUUUUCCAUGUAAUAUUUAAAUAUCUAUUCAUUAAUGCAUGUUUUCUUAAACGUGUACUGUAUUUUAAUAAUUUUUUCAUUUAAAACUUAAUGAUGUUUUCACAUUACAAUUAACGCAUUCUAGAAAUCUGCAGUACUCGUGAAUACUAUUGCUUUGCUCAGAAUGCUAAUGUGCAACCUUUCAUAAGGAAAACCUGAUGUUACUAAUUGACCAAUAUAGCUAAAAAGAGUGGACACAAAUUGUACACCAAUUUGCUAUAGGCACAUUCCUGACAUGGCGCAUAAUGUAUCCCUCAGAUAUGUGGAAAUCCAUAUUCAGUGUAUGUUGUUCUGAGUAACUUGCGUAGUGCAUUAACCUGCGGUCUGUUGCCACUGAAAUAUGGCCUUGGACUUCGUUGUAUCCCGAGAGGCAAAUAGAAUUGUUUGUUUCAAAUCUCUCAUUUUGUAAUUGUUCUGUCACUCUUGAAAUGUAUUUAAUUUUAGUGCACUUAAGGGACUGUAUUGAAUAUGUCAGAAAGAUUGUAAUAUAUGUCCAGUUGUUUAUACAAUAAAUAUUAUUAUAUUAACAGUUUAACCACAUUAAAUUAUACUUUA